AUGACGUUCCGUGAGAAGGUCAAGCGAGUCUUCCACCGCUCCAGCAGUAGUGAAAGCCAGGCCAGCGGCAAGCCCAAGGUGGAAUACUAUCGUCGCCAUGAGGUGCCACCGUCGAAGUUCCGGGGCCCGUUUGAUAAGGAACACCAAAAGCGAUUAGCCGCCUGGUCCUUUGAGCGGGCCACCGUUGACCGCACGCGUUCUCUCGACUUGUCUCUCUCCCCUUGCGCCACUGCCAAUGAUUGUUUGUGCGAUGCUGGUUCCAUUGUCAGCCUGGCUAUUGAUCCAGGUAUGUUGCAACCGCUCGAGCAUGGCAAAUUCCGAUGUUCACAGUGUCUCGCAGUUAGCCGUGGGGUCUCGGACUCUCCUAUCUCGCCACUGUGUCCCGAGUUAUCCGACCUGCCGGACUUAAUCUACCCGACCGAUGAGGGGUCCCAGUCCGACUCGGCUCCCACCUCCAACCACGAAAGCUACAGUGGCUCCAUGAUGACCCUGCAAGAAGGGUCAGUCUACGAGUUAUCGGAAGAUCCGGUCUAUCAAUUUAAGGAAUCCAUCCGCUAUACUUCACCCAUCGCUCGCGCCAAGACCCCUGUGUCGCCCUGUCCCAUGCCUCCCAGCAAGCAUUUGCCCUUUUCGCCCGAAGAUCUUACUCGCGCGUUGCUGCGGGUUGCUUAG